AUGUUCAAAGCCUUAAGAAUACCUUUUAGGUCAUACGCGUUAUUCAAGGAUUUACCUAGAAGGACUGCUUCUGCUACUACACCACCAAGACCAGUGAAGCCAAUUAUAUCUAGUAAUGGACCAAAAAUUUCCAAACCGGUUGAAGAAGAAGAUAUUGAGGAACCUGUAGUUCAACCAGUAGGUCAUCUUUCCUUCCAUGAUUCUCCUAUCGGAAUCAAUCCUUCCCACGGUAAUGGUCCUAUAAACUGGAGUGACUCAUUCCAUGGAUUGGGACAGGCUCCAUUCCCUAAAGAAAUUAUCGAUACUUUAUUGGCACCUAUUGAAAACGAUGAUAUUGAAAUCACUCCAGAUGGAUUACUUUAUUUACCAGAAAUUAAGUAUCGUAGAAUGUUAAAUCGCGCCUUUGGACCUGGUGGUUGGGGUUUGGCCCCUAGAACAGAGACUUUCAUUACUCCUAGGCAAAUAAGUAGGGAAUAUGCUUUAAUCUGUCAUGGUAGAUUAGUGAGUGUAGCAAGGGGAGAACAAGAUUAUUUUGGUGGAGAAGAGAAAAUUACAACUGCUUUAGAAGGAUGUAAAAGUAAUGCAUUAAUGAGAUGUUGUAAGGAUUUAGGAAUUGCCAGUGAAUUAUGGGACCCUAGUUUUAUAAAACCAUGGAAGAAGAAAUAUUGUGACGAAGUAUUCGCAGAACAUGUUGUGAAUAAGAAGAAGAAGAAAUUAUGGAAAUUGAAGAGAAAUAAAUCUUUAGAUUACCCUUAUAAACAAGUGUAG